AUGUUAAUGAAUUCAUUUGGUGCUUCACGAAAACGGCCAUUGGGUACCGACAAGGAAAAUGUCUGGUCAUCGAUGUUAGGCAUCGAAGUUGAUACAGGUGUUGCAACAAAACAACCACGCCUUGCUCUCGGUUCAGCAAUUCUCGAUAAUAAUAUUUUUAAUUCAAUUCCAUAUUCACCACCGGACAGUUUUUUCAUCAAAUCACUCGAACCAUGGUCUCCGUUGAAACCGGACUCAGUUCAACUUGCUCCAGCACCUGAACGCCGAUCACUGAAUCGUGCAGAGACUCGCUAUAAAAAUGGUUCGUUUCGUCAAGUUUUAAAAUCGAUUCGUUCGUUAGGCGAAUAUGGUGAUGGAAAUAAUGCAUUUCGUGAACCCAACAGUGUGGCAUGGCUUGAACGAGGAAAAUUAGCUGUCGUCGAUACCAAUGCACAUUGUAUUAAAGUAUUCGAUAGUGAAACCGGACAAUUUGAAUAUUCAUUUGGUCGUGGACGAACAAUGGGCUGCCAAAAUCUACUGUAUCCAUAUCGAAUUGCCGUUGUACCGGGUGGAAGUGAUCAAUUAGUUGUUAUUCAACGACAUCCUCGACCGCAAAUUCAUAUAUUUACUUGCACGGGUGAAUUUAUUCGUCGAUUCGGGCAACAUCUAGAAAAACCUCGUGCACUAACAGUGGAUAAAUCGUAUCGAAUUAUUGUUAUUGAAUCGCAAAUACAAAAAUUACAUAUAUUUUCACUUGAUGGACAAAUUCUUUCAUUAUUCAAUUUAAGUGAACAACUGAAAUUUCCAACAUCGAUUUGUUCAAAUAAUUCGGAAAUAUUUAUAUCAGAUAAUCAUCUUCAUUCAGUGAAAGUUUUUUCAUAUCAUGGACAAUUAUUACGUGAAAUAAAAGAAGAUAAUUAUAUAAUGUUUCCAACCAAUAUUAAAUUGAAUACCAAAGGACAAUUAAUAAUAAUUGAUAAUCAUCAAGGCUUAAAUAUAACUGUUUAUGAUGAAUAUGAACAACGAAAACGUUUAGGUGCUUAUACAGCACGAAUAUGCCAUUCACAAAUACUCGAUGUAACCAUUGAAUCAAAUCAAAAAAAUAUUCUUCACUUAGCAUCGAAGGAUUAUCGAGUGUACACAUAUCAAAUGCCGUUGUAA